AACGCGUGACAUCAUUUUGUAAUGCAGGAUUGUAAACAUUACGUUACUAACACACUUAGCUUUGAAAUAUGAUCGAUUAAUAUGUUUAGUUCAUUUUUUUAAUGUCUAAAUUUUUUUUUUUUUUUUUUUUAGCGUACAAUGUGAAGGAAGGUGCUUCUUGUUGAAGUUUUAUGACACGGUGAAGUUAGUAGAAUAUAAAUAAAAAGAAAUUGUUAUGACACUAAAGUUGACAGACAUUAAAAAUGUUUUUAGAAUUUUAUAGCAAUUAAAUUAUUUAAAAUUAAUAAAAAUUAAAAGUGAAAAUUAUUUAUUAUAAUUGAUUUGUUAUUAAAAUUUUAAAAGUUGACAGCUGAUAGCUAACUUCACUAUUGUAAAUUGUUGACGUGUAAUUUAUGAAUGACAAAUGACAUAAUAUUUAACAAAAACAAUUGGAGCAAUAAAAGUGUCAUGAGUGGACCGACAAACUGUUAAACUAUUGUUUUAUUUGUAAAUUAAAAUGAUAAGUUUUUUAAAUUGCAUAAAUUAUCUCGUAAUUUAAAUCAGAUUUGUUUUAUUAAUUAAGGAUGGCUUGUCUUGAAACUCAACCUCACCUCUACAGUAAAUGGUGCAACAAAUCACUGAAAGACAAAUUUAAAAUAGACAGCGAGCAGCAGGAUCAGUCGACGGCGAUGAGCAGCGCGGUACCACCAGUAGAGUGUUGUGGACUCAGCGAAGGUCAUAAAAAAGUAUUAAAUUUGAAAAAUUUUAUUAGUCAAGAUCCUCAAGCCGCUGAUUUCAAAUGGUCGCUAUUUGUUGCUGCUUGUCAUACUUAUAGACAUAAUACUUGUCUUAAGCCAUUUCCACCAAUGUACACUAAGAAUGAAUGCAAAGAUAUUGAAGCUUUGAGAGAAGCUAUUGAAAUAAUUCCACCACUUGCUAUUAUGUUUGAGCGUCUAGAUGAUCCAAAAGUGUACGAUGAACAUCAAGCAGCAAUUGAUUUGUUACAUUGGGUGUUCAUAGGUCUUCGUGAUCCUAACAUUAAAUCUGUCAACAAAGAUUCUUUUGAUUCGAUUUUAAACAAAGUGCCCUCGCAGUUGACUGUGAAAAAACCAAAUUUAAUAUUCCAAUUAGUAUAUCCAAGUGAAUCUUCCCGAGAAGAACGUUGGCAAAACGUUAUGCGAGGACAUUCCACAUUUCAUGCGUACCAUGGUAGUCGUUUGGAUAAUUUUCAUUCCAUUAUUCACUAUGGGAUCCAGCAGCACAUGAGCCAGAAUGGAUUAUUUGGAAAGGGAAUUUAUCUCUCUAGCGAACUAGAAGUUAGUUUACACUGGGCUCAUUCAGGAUAUGGAUGGGGUGGUAGUAUGUUAGGUAGAGAAUUGAGCUGCGUUGCUCUUUGUGAGUUAGUCGAUCACCCAGAUGUUAAAAAAGGCGAUACAGAAGAACCCAGUAAUUCCUUGAAAAUUGCCGUUGGAAAAAAAGUACCCAAUAAGUAUUACUUGGCGCUCAAUAGUGAUCUAGUUCGUAUUCGCUACAUUCUGGUCUAUAGCAAAGAUUUAUGUGCAAUAAGACAUUCCGAAAUAAAUGGAGUUGUUGGCUGGUUUAAACAAAAUAAACUCCUGACGCUUUUACUUGGUUACGUCGUACUUCUAGUCUCUGUGGGCUUAAGUCACAAUAAAAAUGUUGAAAGAUACUAUAAAUUAUUUAUUAAAAAAAUCGGAUUUGAUUGAAUAAAUUUAUAUAUUUAUAAAUUAUAUUUGC